GUGCACCCCCUCGACUGUGACCAAACUCCCUCAUUGCGCAUUCGGCGCCGGACGCUGGGCCUACAACUGCCCGAUACCACACGACAUAGACAACUUCGGUAGCCUGAAACUGCGCCAUGGAGGCCAUCCGUGGUCUUCUGUGGAAACCCACACCUGAAGAGCAGAAGCGGAAAUGCAAUGCCCUCGUACGACAGAACGUGCGCAAGCUGGACCGCGACAUUCAAGGCCUCAAGAUGACCGAGCAGAAGACGAAAACCCUCAUCCUCCAAUCCUCCAAGCGCGCACAAAGAAACCCCUCCAUGGCCAAGCAGGCGAAUCAGGAGGUGCGAAUCUUUGCUCGAGAGCUGAUUCGCGUACGAAAACAGAGUAGCCGUUUACAUACAAGCAAAGCGCAACUCAACUCCGUGCAGAUGCAGGUCAACGAGGCCUUCUCCGUACGCAAGAUCGAGGGCAGCAUUAAGGCAAGCACAGGGAUCAUGAAGGAUGUGAACUCCUUGGUCAGGUUGCCAGAGCUGACAGGCACUAUGCGCAAGCUCUCGUCUGAACUCAUGAAAGCUGGCAUCAUUGAGGAGAUGGUAGACGACACCCUCAUGGACACCGAUGGUCUUGAGGAGGACGGGGAGGCAGAAGAGGAGGUCGACAAGGUUCUGUCAGAUAUCCUGAAGGACAGGUUACCGGCGAGCAAAGUGAAAGAGGAGGAGCUGCCAUCUGUGGCACAUCCAGAAGAGGAGGAAGAGGAGGACGAUCAGGCAGAGAUGCUUGCACAAAUGCGUGGUAGACUUGAGGCUCUGAAGAGCUGAGCGAAUCUCACGAGACUUCGUAUGUGUGACAGAAGGACAUGAGUUGUUUGAAAGAGACGCAGGGGAGUUCAGCAUUAUGCAUGGUACAUGCCAUUCUGAAGACUUCCAGUCUAGGGUAUCUCAGGUAGAUCGCCAUAUAUCCAACAAAUCUACCAAACUGAAAAGCUCAAAUGCAAGCACUUUUACAUAAUGACAUUUUACUUUCCAGGGUUCUGGUUAAAGUUCAUGCUGUAACCCCCCGAUUUCGAAUCUUGUGUGAACUGAAAGUUGUCCGUG